UGACAGGACGCGCUGAUAACCCAGAGAUCAAUAAACCAUAGACUGCGUAAUGGUGCGUAGCAGCACGCACUACACAACAAGCAUGUGGACAUGUGGCGUUGCUGUGAUACUACCAAUAGGCGGGACUGUGGCUCUGCGGUGUGACUGUGACAUGCACAGCUGGAACAUAGCAGAGGGUUGGCACGCGUUCCAGCUGCGGCCAGAUGAUUGACUUCAGCUGCUACGCCGAAAAACAUCACAUCCAUAAGUUGUUUCCGAGCGCACCGGGAGAAGACUUUUUUUUUUUUUUUUUGCGCAUUGUAGGGUUAAUGUGCCGUAAAUAAAAGACCCGCAUAGCUCACUCAGAGGACCAUCAGCAACAACUCCCUUGGAGGGAUCCGUGUGAGUCCCCCCUCUCUGAUGGGUUCUUCUGGCUUUCGAUCAUCUCCGCGUCUCUCCGCAUGACCUUGUGCUCCUGCUCCGAAGCCAAACAGACGUUUUGAGUUGAGUGUUGGCUGGUGAUGUAACGCGUUUCAGCUCAGUGCUCACUUCACUACUGUUAUCACUGUAGCCUCCUCUCACAGAGCAUGGGACCCCUCAAACUCUAAAGUGAGAGACACGAGAGUCAAAGCUGAGGCAGACAAACAAGGGAAAAAACAGAGAGGAAAGGAACGAUGGAGUCCAUUUUGUCGGAGCAGUCGGCCACAGUGGAUGAGCUGGUCGAAGCAUGCAUCCAAGCCUUCGACGAGAAGGGCGCUCUGAAGGAUGCUUCCUUGGUCCGCAUGUUUCUCAUGAUGCAACCUUGGUACAUCCCUUCGACCGAGAUGGCAAAGAAGCUAGUGCUCAAAUCUCAAGAGGAGAGCUGCACUGCUGAGCGCCGAACAAGAAUAUGCCACCUUGUCAAGUACUGGAUUUCUGAGUUUCCAGCAGAGUUCAAUCUAAACCCGGAGCUAGAGGAGCAGAUCAAAGACUUUAAAGACCUCUUGACCACUGAGGGCAACGAGAGACAGAGCCAGCUCAUUGACCUCGACAGUGUGCCGUCAUAUAAAUGGAAGCGUCAAGUGACUCAGCGUGUCCCAUCAAUGUCCAAAAAGAGAAAAAUGUCCCUGCUGUUCGACCACCUUGAUUCCUGCGAACUAGCUGAACACCUGACCUACCUGGAGUACAAGUCCUUCUGCAAGAUCCUGUUUCAGGACUACCACAGCUUUGUGAUGCACGGCUGCACGGUGGAUAACCCCAUCCUGGAGCGUUUCAUCACCCUUUUCAACAGUGUCUCCCAGUGGAUCCAGCUCAUGGUACUCAGCAAGCCCACCGCCCCACAGAGAGCUGCCGUCAUCUCCCACUUCAUCAGAGUGGCACAGAAGCUGCUCCAGUUGCAGAACUUCAACACGCUGAUGGCGGUGGUGGGCGGCCUCAGCAACAGCUCCAUCUCUCGUCUCAAAGAUACGCAGGCCCACAUCAGCGCGGAGACCAACAAGGUUUUUAACAACCUCAUCGAAUUGGUGACAUCAUGUGGGAACUACAGUCAGUACCGCAAACGCUUUUCUGAGUGCUCUGGAUUUCGAUUCCCAAUCCUCGGCGUGCACCUGAAAGACCUGAUAGCUGUGCACGUGGCGCUGGCAGACUGGGCUGACAAAGAGAAAACACGGGUCAACCUCACCAAGACCCAACAGCUGCACGCCAUUCUUCAAGAGCUGGCGAUGAUCCAGAACACACCUCCUAACAUCGAUGCCAACACAGAUCUGCUCAACCUGCUUACAGUAUCUCUGGACCAGUACCACACAGAGGAAGAGAUCUACCAGAUGUCUCUGCAGAGAGAACCCCGCAAGCCAGCUAACUCCAGCCCCGCCCCCGCACCUGACCCCAAGCCCACCAUGAUCGAUGAGUGGGCUGUGUCGGUGAAGCCCAGCGCUGACCCGACGGUCAUCAAGAAGCACAUAGAGAAGAUGGUAGAGUCAGUUUUCAAGAACUUCGACACAGACGGCGACGGCCACAUUUCCAGGGACGAAUUUGAAGCAAUCAGGAACAACUUCCCUUACCUCAGCAAGUUUGGAGAACUGGACAAGAACCAAGACGGAAAGAUCAGCAGAGACGAGAUGGUAGACUACUUUAUGAAAGCCAGCUCUCUGCUUAACUGCAAGAUGGGUUUCAUUCAUACUUUUACUGAGACCACUUACGUUAAGCCCACGUUCUGCGAGCACUGCGCCGGCUUUAUAUGGGGCUUCUACAAACAAGGCUACAAGUGUAAAGCCUGCGGGGUGAACUGCCACAAGUCCUGCCGAAGCCGCCUGGCUGUCGAGUGCCGGAAGAGGACCAAGAGCAUCAGCCAUGAGACACCACCUGCCCUCCAGGCUAGAUCCUACAGCUUCCCUCCACCUGCCAACACCCCACCUAGCCUGCAGAACACAGUGAUUGCUGAAGAGGAUAUAGAGUCAGUGGAGGAAGGAGUGUUUGAUGUACACCUAUAACCAGAAUCCCUCCUACGGUCGGUGUGCGAGAAGCCAAAUCAGCGAGCAGUUGGAAGCCACACACAGAAUGUGCUACAGUAUGUCAGUUUUACAGCUCUCGACACUGAGGAGAAAUUGCACUGAACACAAUCCAGGAUACCUACAUGCUGCCACACAGUGGACACAUACUGCAACAGCAACUCCACUCCAGCUAACUCACAUGAAUGUGACGACCAAUGUGAAUGGAAUGUAUUUGUAUGUUUCCUAUGUAAGAUUUCUGCAUUUUGAUUCAUUGUUGGCCAAGAGUGUUACUGUAAAACUAUAACUAUAUAUUCACACAAAAAAAUCCAUAAAAUUGUAUUUUCUCAGUGGAAUGUUAAAGUCAGUGAAGUUUAUAAUUUGAGCACACUUUGCUGCAAAUUGGAAUGGCUCUACUUUUUUUCUUUAAAACCUAAAAGAGGUGCUGUUAUCGCCAAGAAUGUAAACCUGCCACCCAGACUAAGCUGCCGUCUUCUUUAUCCGAGAAGCUCUGCUUUUUAUUGUUUACCAUCUUGUUAUGAAAUACAUUUCAGUGGACCAAUAAUAGGACCAAUUUUGAUGUCAGAUAAAAUAUUGUUGAUCUGUGGUGCUCGUCUGAAGCUUGAUGACAAAAGCAACCAUUUUGCCCACAAAAGAAACAGCUGAAAUGACUGUGUGGACAGUUAUACAUGAAUUAGAAAUGGACUUUGAACAAUGUUAUAUUUUUGUCAUGUUUACCAGAAUAUCAGUAACUGUCCUAUAGUUAUUGCUGUUGUGUUGUUUCAGUAUACAGUACUGUCUUGUACCAGUGCACCGAUAGAUGGUCUAUCCUCUUGCAGUACUGUGAAUGUAGCAGAAACAGUGAAUUGCUGCUGCCAGAUGAAGAGCUCAUCUCUCCCAGUAAACAUGUUGACAUCAGAGAGCGGGAAAAUGCUUAACUCCCUGUUGAUUUAGUUAUUGAAUGAGCUUUGGAGUUUUGAAACUGUCAGUAAAAAUUAAAUAAUCCAAUAUAUACAAAAAAGAGUAAGAGUAAUGAGGCUUUUCAUUUGACAGCAGCAUAUAAAUAUUAUAUUAUUUCCCUGAGAAUCUGUUUUGAUGCAAGUUGUAUUUUGCCGUUUUUACCCUGCAUGCUUCUCCCUUCAUGCCUCUAUCCUCCAGCCAGACGUCUCUGUUGCUGAGGAUUUUUCAGUUUUUUUAAUGUUGCACGCCAAGUUAUCGUUCAUUUAAGAAACAUGAAGUCUUGAAAUUCCAGAGAGAGGAAAACGCUUCUGUUGCUUUGUGCCUGUGGAGAAAUGAAUUCAGACUUCGAGUGCCAUAUUGUUAACUGCUGGUUCAUCAUUGAAUGAGACUCCUCACAUUUGCUGGUAUUUAUUUUUCUGUAUAAAUAGCUAAAUAGCUGCCGGUCCUUCUGUGUCACUCCCUGCCUGACGAAGGAUGUUUGUUGUCAUUCUGUGAAUGAAUCUUUCAGACUGAUGUCAUGCUAAUCCUUGUGAUCCUAAACUCUUUCUCAGUAUUAAAUGCAGCUGGCAUCACUCUAAUAUGUGUUCUGGUUAAGAAUUUCUGUGACUAAUAAGAAUGAAUACUGAAAAAAAAAUCAAGGUUUUGUCUUGUCUUUCUGAAAUGGUAAUUCAAUCAGAUGUUUGCACUUUUGUAUUUAUGAAUCAAAGGUGUAUUCAGCAGAAGUUAUUCUCUGUUUUACGUCCAAUAAAAUACACAUUACUGUUAA